CCAUCGCCAAAUCCUAGCAACGGAAGGCCCGCCCCGCCAGUUGUAUUAACCGGCUGUGGGGGCCGCUGGCUGAGAGAGUGACGAGAUGCCGGAGGUUAAUUGGAAGGUGUUGGAGAACUUUCCGCUGCUCCUGUACAUUCUAGCAGCUAAAACCAUCCUGCUAUGCCUGGCAUUCGCUGGGGUUAAGAUCUAUCAGAGCAAGAAGAUUGAAGCAAGGUUAAAGCUGGAGCGGGAAGCGAGACUAAGAAGGAAAGCUGAGAAAGAGGAAAUGGAUGAAGGAGAGGAAAUGGAUGAUGGGGAGGAAAUGGAUGAAGGAGAGGAAAUGGAUGAGAAAGAGGAAAUGGACGAGAAAGACGAAAUGGACAAGAAAGAUGACUAAGGAUUCCUUAUACACGCAAGGAUGUGCCGAGUCGCUGGGAACGUGCUGCAAUGGAUAAAAGAAAUAUACGCGUUUUGAUAGACUUUUAAAUUAUAUAUUUAUAUCAUUUUAAUAUUUCCUGUUUUGUAAUAAUAUAAAUAAUAAAAUAUAAUGAACCUGGUCAGGUUAAAGGUGCACUUGGAAUUUUGAUUGGCUCAGGUAUCCAGCCCACCUGCCUUAUGGACUUUUCUGCCGUCCCUUUUUCUAAGGGACCGUGUGAGUGU